UUGCUGGUUGGCGAAGCUGACCUCCAAGGGCGGUGCCCGGCCGUAGACAGUUUUCUUCUGGGAUUGGCUAGAGCCGUGGUUCCGCUCAGGUGUGGUAGGAAGUGGCAGCCGUCAAUCACGGGAGGAGACUCCAAACAGUGAGCCUAGAGCUGGAGAGCAGCGUUAACCGGCGGGGCGGCCGGUUUUAUGAGUGAAGCUAUGGCUACAGAUUCCCCAAGAAGACCCAGUCGUUGUACUGGUGGAGUUGUGGUUCGCCCCCAGGCUGUCACAGAGCAGUCCUACAUGGAAAGUGUUGUGACUUUUCUACAGGAUGUUGUGCCACAGGCUUACAGUGGAACACCUCUAACAGAAGAAAAGGAGAAAAUAGUCUGGGUCAGAUUUGAAAAUGCAGAUUUAAAUGAUACAUCAAGAAAUCUGGAAUUUCAUGAAAUACACAGCACUGGGAAUGAACCACCUUUGCUGAUUAUGAUUGGCUACAGUGAUGGAAUGCAGGUCUGGAGCAUCCCUAUCAGUGGGGAAGCACAGGAGCUCUUCUCUGUUCGACAUGGCCCAAUUCGAGCAGCUAGAAUCUUGCCUGCUCCACAGUUUGGUGCUCAAAAAUGUGAUAACUUUGCUGAAAAAAGACCCCUCCUUGGUGUUUGUAAGAGCAUUGGAUCUUCUGGCACAAGCCCACCAUACUGUUGUGUGGAUCUGUAUUCACUUCGUACUGGGGAGAUGGUCAAGUCCAUUCAGUUUAAGACACCUAUUUAUGAUCUUCACUGCAAUAAACGGAUUCUUGUCGUAGUCUUGCAGGAGAAAAUUGCUGCCUUUGAUAGCUGUACUUUCACAAAGAAAUUCUUUGUCACAAGCUGCUAUCCAUGUCCAGGGCCAAACAUGAAUCCUAUCGCUCUUGGGAGCCGCUGGCUUGCUUAUGCAGAAAACAAGUUGAUUCGAUGUCAUCAGUCCCGUGGUGGAGCCUGUGGAGACAACAUUCAGUCUUACACUGCCACAGUUAUUAGUGCUGCUAAAACAUUGAAAAGUGGCCUGACAAUGGUGGGGAAAGUGGUGACUCAGCUGACAGGCACACUACCUUCAGGUGUGACAGAAGAUGACAUUGCCAUCCAUAGUAAUUCACGGCGGAGUCCUUUGGUCCCAGGCAUCAUCACAGUUAUUGACACUGAAACUGUUGGAGAGGGCCAGGUGCUUGUGAGUGAGGAUUCUGACAGUGAUGGCAUUGUGGCCCACUUCCCUGCCCAUGAGAAGCCAGUGUGCUGCAUGGCUUUUAAUACAAGUGGAAUGCUUCUAGUCACAACAGACACCCUUGGCCAUGACUUUCAUGUCUUCCAAAUUCUGACUCAUCCUUGGUCCUCAUCACAAAGUGCUGUCCACCAUCUGUACACUCUUCACCGGGGAGAAACUGAAGCCAAAGUACAAGACAUCUGCUUCAGCCAUGACUGUCGCUGGGUUGUGGUCAGUACUCUCCGCGGUACUUCCCACGUUUUCCCCAUCAACCCUUAUGGUGGCCAGCCUUGUGUUCGUACACAUAUGUCACCACGAGUAGUGAAUCGUAUGAGCCGUUUCCAGAAAAGCGCUGGACUGGAAGAGAUUGAACAAGAACUGACGUCUAAGCAAGGAGGUCGCUGUAGCCCUGUUCCAGGUCUAUCAAGCAGCCCUUCUGGGUCACCCUUGCAUGGGAAACUGAACAGCCAAGACUCCUAUAACAAUUUUACCAACAACAACCCCGGCAACCCUCGGCUCUCUCCUCUCCCCAGCUUGAUGGUAGUGAUGCCUCUUGCACAAAUCAAGCAGCCAAUGACAUUGGGGACCAUCACCAAACGGACAGGGCCAUAUCUCUUUGGAGCGGGGUGUUUUUCCAUAAAAGCUCCAUGCAAAGUUAAACCUCCUCCACAAAUUUCACCCAGCAAAUCGAUGGGCGGAGAAUUUUGUGUGGCUGCUGUCUUCGGAACAUCCAGGUCAUGGUUUGCAAAUAAUGCAGGUCUGAAAAGAGAAAAAGAUCAGUCCAAACAAGUUGUAGUUGAGUCCCUGUACAUUAUCAGUUGCUACGGCACCUUAGUGGAGCACAUGAUGGAGCCACGACCCCUCAGCACUGCCCCCAAGAUUAGUGAUGACACUCCCCUGGAAAUGAUGACAUCACCUCGAGCCAGCUGGACUCUGGUUAGAACCCCUCAAUGGAAUGAAUUGCAGCCACCAUUUAAUGCAAACCACCCUCUGCUCCUCGCUGCAGAUGCAGUACAGUAUUAUCAGUUCCUGCUUGCUGGCCUGGUUCCCCCUGGAAGUCCUGGGCCUAUUACUCGACAUGGGUCUUAUGACAGUUUAGCUUCUGACCAUAGUGGACAGGAAGAUGAAGAAUGGCUUUCCCAGGUUGAAAUUGUAACACACACUGGACCCCACAGACGUCUGUGGAUGGGUCCACAGUUCCAGUUCAAAACCAUCCACCCCUCAGGCCAAACCACAGUCAUCUCAUCCAGUUCAUCUGUGUUGCAGUCUCAUGGUCCAAGUGACACGCCACAGCCUCUUUUGGAUUUUGAUACAGAUGAUCUUGAUCUUAACAGUCUCAGGAUCCAGCCAGUCCGCUCUGACCCAGUCAGCAUGCCAGGGUCAUCCCGUCCAGUCUCUGAUCGAAGGGGAGUUUCCACAGUGAUUGAUGCUGCCUCAGGUACCUUUGACCGGAGCGUGACCCUGUUGGAGGUGUGCGGGAGCUGGCCUGAGGGCUUCGGGCUGCGGCACAUGUCCUCCAUGGAGCACACUGAGGAGGGCCUCCGGGAGCGGCUCGCUGACGCCAUGGCCGAGUCACCCAGCCGGGAUGUCGUGGGAUCCGGAACAGACACAGCCCUUGACGUAGCAGUAAAAACCUUUCCCCCCGAGAGACACAUGGCUGUGAAGUGUUUUGGGAAAAAAAAAGGAAAAAAAAAACAAUGCCAACAGCCCAGCGUCCGUGAUCAACCCAACAGUAACAAAGCAUGCGUUCGGGAUGGAGGAAGAACUUCAGCGAGAGGGAAGCAUCGAGACUCUGAGUAACAGCUCAGGCUCCACCAGUGGCAGCAUCCCAAGAAACUUUGAUGGCUACCGAUCUCCGCUGCCCACCAAUGAGAGCCAGCCCCUCAGCCUCUUCCCGACUGGCUUCCCGUAGGUACCAGCAACUGCUUCUGACUGGCGGGCCCCCUCCCCUGCUGGAGGAGGGGAGAAGCCCCCCUCUGGUCCUACCCUUCAGUCUCUGCUCCUCCUUCAUCAACACCUUCCCCAAGCUUAGUGACAGCAGCCGCCCAUCCUACCUGGAUGAAGAAGAGACCUUCUCCCAGCACCUCAGCAUACCCGCCCUCCGUACCUGUCAGUGGAGGCUGUGGCCAGGAGAGACUGCAGAAGCCCGGUCCCUGUGUAUGUUUGCACAUGACAUCCUGCAUUGGAUCCGCUUUUGUAUUUUUUAACCAUAUCCACAGGGGAGGGGGGGCCUGGAACAGUGACCAGAUCUGGGGGCCUGAGUGGGGGCAGGGUCCAUGGUCCAGCCGGGCUUCUUGACCCUGAGUAGACAGCCACAGCCUCACCUCACGUCUGGCUGUGAUACACGCUGCCCCCAGCUUCCCUUGGUCAGCCCCCCUCCAGCAUGGGAUGAACCGAGGCCUAGAGUAUUAGGGAAGGAGGAAGGGAGGAGACACCUCUUCUUCCUCCCUUCUUUCCCCAUCUGUUUAUGGGAAGAGUUUGUCUUUCUUAUCUUUAAGUCCUUUCAUCCUGGUCCUGUACUGUUCAGUGAAGGAAACCGUGGUUAUUGAGGCCCUGUCGUAAAGUGCAUGUCUUGUCCAAUAAAUCAUGCUGCAAUUGGUGUCUA